AGGUCGUGUUGGUGAUGGAGAGAGACUCUGUCAUUCUACCCUCGGGUCUAUCUGAAAUACAGAGAGAAGAUCAGAUUACCUGGAAGUUUAAAGACACACUCAUAGCUAAAAUAAAUGAAACCGCUGGAAUCUUCUCUACAUAUGAUGAUGUUCUUGAUGGGAGAUUCAGGUACAGACUGCAUCUGACCAAUCAGACUGGAUCGCUGAUCGUCACUAACGUCAAACCCAACAUUUCUGGACUUUAUGAAAUCAACAUCAGCAAGAGCAGCAGCAGAUACACCACGCACAAGACGUUCAAUGUGACUUCCAAGGAAGGAGAGAGCAGGCAGUCUGCGACGGAGGGAAAUUCUGUCACGCUACUAUCUGGUGUUUCUGAAAUACACAGCGAUGACGUGAUCGUAUGGAGGUCUGAGCAUGGAGACUCUAUCAUAGCAAAAAUCGAUAGAGGGAAGGUCUUCACUACGCAGGACGGAGCCGAUGGGAGAUACAGCGGCACACUGGAGCUGGACAGUAAGACCGGAUCUCUGACCAUCAGGCACAUCAGAACUGAACACGCUGGACUUUAUCACCUGGAUAUCACCGGCCAGCGGCGCACAAUAUUCAAGAGAUUCUUUAUUUCUGUCUGUUCACAGAAUUGGUUUCGAUAUGUUAUGGUGGUAAUUGUUGUUGCUGUUUUGCUGUUGGUCGUGAUUGGAGCUAUUGCUGUGAUUCGUUGUCGUCAAACACAAAAUGUUAACGGCUCUGUAAUAUGAGAGCAUUGUUUUGAUAGUGUUCAAUCCCACUGGAGGAGGAAACGAAAUCCAGCUAAAAAUAUGCACCAAGCUCAACCAGCUUUUGUACCAUGACCUUUUCAAAAGGAAUAAUUUAAUUAAUUAAAAUAAUGUUGCUUUGAUGUAUGAUCAAUAUUCAAGCCCUAAUGCUUUGUGUUUUCAUUAGUUUGUCUGACAAGAGAAUAUUACUGUACUGUACAGUUUCCUCACACAUUUAUAUGUAGUAUUGAAUAGAACAUGGUGCUAGCAACAUAAAUGAAAACUGAAUGCAAUCUGAGUUGUUUUGUGCUAUCUCUAAAAUACUUUUAGCUUUUUUUGCAACCAAGUAAAAAAGUGCCUUAAAAUCAAGCAGGGAAAUCUUUUUAUGUUGUAAAUUGGAAUCUAUGUUUUAGACUCUUAACUGCUGUAAACUGUGAAUUUGUUUGCCGUUAAAAGUUUUUUUGAGUUUAUUAUCUGACAUAACGGAGUACUGAGCUUUUGCUGAUUGAUUUUAAAGUUUGACCUUUAACAUUUUAGGCUUCUUGGAAAAUACUGAUCUGAAGAUUCAUAAUAGAAAGCUGUCUGAAUGACUUUGUUUAUCUCUUCCAUAUUAUUUUUUAUAUUCUCUCAGUUCAUUUGUUGCUCAUUUCAUCGGUCAUUGUCAAAUCUUAUUUUAUUAUGUGGUGUCUUGUCUUUACAAGUAAAUUAGAAAUAUGGGAAAGUCUCCA